AUGCAAGGACAGAGAGGCACGAUUGGUUCCUCGUCUGAAACCUUUGAGUUUGAUUGUGGGUCGACAUCAAGUAAUGCUGCAGUUGAUCAGCAUAUUUUCUGGAAUAAUAUGCGGACUCCCGCUGAGAAUCGGUUACCUGAGUUUCUACUUUCUCCGAGUGAUAUGAACCCAUCUCACGGGAAUUCUGUAAACCAUGAAUGGCAGAACUUGAGUGGAUGGAGCUUAGGAGAGCCAAGUUCCAGUAAUACACAAAACGAAGUUAACAAUAAUGAGCUGAAAAGGGAAUUGCGGUUAUCACCUCCAAUAAACGGAAGUGCUGUAGCCGGUCCGAGACUCGAAGAAAGGCACUUCGAACCAACCAAUGCCUUUUCAUUGGAUAAUGUCAAUUCAGGUCCUAUGUAUAUGUGUGGCUCCAAUCCUCAUUUGAUGCCGCAAAAUCUCAAUUUAAACGCGGCUUUAGCAGAUAAUGUCGGUGAUAAUAAUAGCUAUCAUGUGGAAGUCGAUCAUUCUAACGCGGCCAAAUCUAGCGGUCAGCUGAAUGAGCAUAUUCCACCAACUAUUGGUUCUGGUUCGUUUUUGCUUCCUUCUGGUGGACGUAGCAGCGUUUUUGUUGGGGAGACUGACGGUCGGCAAGGUUGUUCUCUAGACCCGAACCGCCGCCUAUCUUGUAAAAGAAAGGCAGGUGAAGGAAUCAGUGGACAAUCUUCUGACGGUGGAAGUUCUAGCUAUAGUCAGCAUACAGAUGGCAGUGCUUGGAAUACUCUUCCUACUCAGGAUUAUGCGAUGAACAAUUUCAACCGAUCAUCACCAGCUGAACAGGUGAAUGCAAGACUUGGCCUUAGUGUUGGAGAUGGAUCUUCUGAAACGAUACCCGAGUCAACUGUAGCAGGAAGCUCAGAAAGCUUCCACAGAAAUUUUCGCUUGAGGGUAAACCCUGCAAGCCAACAGAUUUCUCUCCCUCAACCCACAUUCUCAAAUGGGAGUGUUAUGAGGAAUUCUAGUGUUCCUUCGUCUUCUCCAAUGCUGCCGAGGUUUCACCCUAUUGAUAAUUCUCUGGACUUGAGGUCAUUACCACCGGUAGAUACCCUGCUUCCUCAAAGCCAUCCGCAUCUAAGUCAUGUUCCUGCUUUACCAAGGAGUUCGCAAUCCGUCAGGUGGAAUGGUGGUUCUAGCUCAACUAACAACCAUUCAUCAAAUUCAGUUGUAGAUCAUCCGGCGUUUAUACCUGCAAAUUUAAGAAAUGCUGUUCGAACUGCAUCUAGACCUUCAAGUACUGCAAAUUUAACUGUUCCUGGAAAUGUUGCUUCGUCAUCACGGACAGCUCCAAAUCCUCCUGCUUUGAAUCCAUCAUCUGUCUCGGCGUGGGUUUCUCGUCCCAAUCCUCAGCAGUAUCCACGCAGGUUAUCUGAAUAUGUUCGCCGGUCCUUGUUUACUCCUGGUGCUGAAGGUGGAAGUUCAAGCAAUAGCUAUUCUACCUUGCGCGGUCCUUCUACUCCAUCAGAAUCAAGAGGACCGCCAUCGGCGACAAACCCUGGAUCAUCUCCAUGGUUGGAGAGGUCAGCUGAUAGUGAGUUUGGAAUCCCCUAUUCCUUACGAUCUUUGGCUACUGCUGGUGAAGGAAGUAGUAGACUUGUAUCCGAGCUCCGCAAUGUGUUGGGCCUUAUGCGUAGGGGUGGGAACCUGCGGUUUGAGGAUGUUAUGAUUCUUGACCAUUCAAUGUUUUCUGGAAUUGCUGAUAUUCAUGAUCGACACAGGGAUAUGCGGCUCGAUGUCGAUAACAUGUCUUAUGAGGAGUUACUAGCUCUUGAAGAACGCAUCGGUAACGUGAGUACCGGACUGAACGAGGAAACCAUCAUGAAGCAUUUGAAACAGAAGAAAUAUUCAGUUGAUGAAUCAGGUUCUCAGAGUGAUGCAGAGCCCUGCUCCGUUUGUCAGGAGGAGUAUAAAAAGGAAGAUGAUAUCGGAUCGUUGGACUGCGGGCACGAUUUUCAUACCGAAUGUAUCAAACAGUGGCUAAUGCACAAGAAUCUGUGUCCCAUUUGUAAGACAACAGGCUUAGCAACAUGA